AUGCUCGGUUUUUAUUCAGUACCUGAAUUUGUCGUUUACGUCACCUUCAUCUUUUUUGGGAUGUCGGUGAUGAAUGUGACGAAUGCCAUCUAUUCGAUACCAUUUUUCUUUAAGGAGUACUACAAGUUUGCUCAGGGGGACGCUGAUGUACAGCCGAAGGACGAAGGCUUUUGGAAGCACAUGUUCACGUACUACAAUGUCGUUGUGUACACUAUGCAGGUGCUUUUGGAGGCCUUCAUGCUUACGCCACUGGGAAGAAGGUUUCCAAUACGCUGGCGGCUCACCUUUGGUCUGGCGGUUCCUAUCGUGGAGAUCAUUGUGAUUUUAGUGAUCCCUGUGGUCCGCACAAGCGAGGACGCGGCAAAGGCGGCUAUGAUGAUGAUCGCCUUCAUUGGUGGUGUUUCGAAGACAUUGUGUGACUCUGGUAAUGCCGCACUUGUAGGGCCGUUUCCCACCAAGUUCUACGGUGCCGUCGUUUGGGGUCUCGGUAUAUCCGGGCUUCUCACCUCAUUCAUGUCUAUUAUCAUCAAGGUAUCUAUGGACGAUAGCUUUUCCAGCUUGCUUACACAGUCGCGGAUAUACUUUGGACUAAUUAUGCUUCUUCAGGUGAUCGCGUGCAUUCUUCUAGUUUUACUGAGGAAGAACCCCUACGCCAUGAGGUAUGCUGCAGAGUUAAGGUUUGACGCAAAGAAGAGUGGUACAAAGGACUCCAACGGUUUAGUCGACGUAGCCGAUGCGAGAGGAACUGGUCCUGCAGACGAGGAAUGCGAACGUGAGGCGGAUGAAAGGUCUGACAUAAAUGUGAUGAAUGCCACGACAGAUCCAGAUACAAUGAGAGAUACCGACCAGUUGGAAAAUAUGACUAACGCAAAACAAAUGUUGGACGCGAGUGUUAUGGUUGUGGCAAAGCGUAUUUGGCCCAUGCUUGUUUCCUGUUUCUUUGUGUUCUUUGCAACACUUCUCGUCUUCCCUGGUGUGUUCUUUGCUGUCAAGACGGAUGUUCCCAGUGGGUGGUAUUUCACCAUCGUCGCUGCGAUGUACAACUUGGGUGACUUCCUAUCUCGCCUUGUCCUUCAGUUCAAGCGGUUGCACCCUUCGCCACGUGGCGUUGUGAUCGGAACCUUUUCGCGUUUGUUGGUUAUUCCACUGCUUGCACUUUGCGUGUACGAUGUUAUUAGUGGCCCGUGGGUCCCUUAUGUUCUUUGCCUUAUUUGGGGCCUUACGAAUGGCUACUUUGGCGGCAUGUCGAUGAUUUAUGGACCGCGUACCGGAUCCCUUACAACAGCGGGCCAGAGGUCCCUUGCUGCCAUUUGCAUUAAUUUGGCCCUUCUUCUUGGCCUCUUCGGUGGUGCCAUGUCUGCCAUGGCGGUUAUAAAAGCUCUUCCGCAUUAA